AUGAAUAAUUAUAAUGGUAGAAAAAUAUUUUCUAAUUUAGAAAAAAAAGGAGAUAUGAAUGAUAUACUUAAAAUAAAGAAAACGAGAGCAGACAAGAUAUUUGCUUUUGACACAUCAGGUGAGAAUAAUAAUAUUAUAACAAACGAUAAGUAUAUAAAUAAUGGAAAUAGGAAUGUAGAUGUAGGAAAUGAAAAGAUGUUUAGUUAUAAUAUGAAGGAUAUAAAUAAAAAGCAUUUGUUAAAAAAUGAUACAUAUAAUAAUAAUGAUUUUAAUAAAAAGAUAUAUUAUGACAAACAUAAUAGUAAUGAAAAAAAUUAUAUGAAAGUAAUAAAUACAAAUAUAAAUGAUAAUAAAAAUAUUUAUGUAGAUAAAAAUUACUUUGAUGAAAAUAAUUUAAUAAAAGAUAGAUCCAAAUUUAGAAGAUUAGAGACAUUCAACGAGAGUGACAAGAUUAAUAAUGCAUGUGCAUAUAAUGAAAUAAAUGAUAAUAUAAAUGAUAAUAUAAAUAAUAAUACAAAUAGUAACACAAAUAAUAAUACAAAUAGUAACACAAAUAAUAAUACAAAUAAUAAUACAAAUAGUAACACAAAUAAUAAUAAUAAUAAUAAUAAUAAUAAUAUUCAAGCAAAUUAUAAUGAGUAUAAAAUGUCAAAUAAUAAUAUGGAGGUUUAUCCAAAUAAUAUAAAAUUAAAUUAUGAGUAUAGUAAAAAAAACAAUGAAAAGUAUGAUUCAUAUGAUGAAUAUGAAAAAUAUAAAAAUUUUAAUCAAAGGAAUGUAGCAUUCGCAAAAAAUAAUGAACCAAAUAUGAAUUUUAAAUAUUCAAGAAUUAAUAGAAUCGGGGGUAAUUAUAUUCCUCCGACAGAUUCAAGAGGUAUAAUGAUAUCUAAAAAAAUGUCUUCGACAUAUCAUAUGAGGGAUAAAAUAAAUGCUCCUAUAGUUUAUGAGUUAAAUGAAAAUGAUGAUAAUAUGAAUAAUAUUAAUAACAUGAACACACUAAAUAAUCAUAGUAAUAAUAAUAAUAAUAAUAAUAAUAAUAUAACAAAUAUGGAUUUAUUAAAAAAUGAUAGCAUUGCUAAAGAUAGUUUAAAUAACGAUGAGUUUGUAGAAAAUAAUUUGGAGAAACAUGAUAUACCACUUAAUACAAAUAAUGAAUUUGCAAGAAAUAAAAGUAUGAAUAAAAAGAAUAUGAUGAUGAAUCAAAAUAAUUUAUAUCUACCACAUGAUAAACAAAUGGGAAAUAUUAUAAAAUAUGUUGUAGAAGAUAACAAUAGUAAUAUGGAAGAAGAGCAAGUUAAUGCUAACCAUAUGAUGAAGUAUCAUAAUUAUGUUAAUCAUAAUAAAGAAAGAGGACACAUAUCAAAUAAUAAUAUAAAUAAUAAUAUAAAUAAUAAUAACAAUGUAGGAGAUAAUGAGGCCAAUAGGAAAAAAGAAUAUCAUAAUUUUUCUUUGAGUACAAUUGAUUCUACAUAUUCUAAUCAGAAUAAUUUAGAGAAAAAGUUCGGAUCCAAAUUUAUAGAUGUUCAUCAUCAUAAUGUUAGAAAGGAAAAUGUAAUAGAUACCUCUCUUCAAAAUAAUAUAGAUUAUGUGGAUGAAAAAAAAAAAUUAGUUCAUAUGGAAAAAAUAGAAAAUAAAUAUAACAUGAUGGUUAAUGAUACAAAAAAUAGUGAUAUAAAAAAUAAUGAUACUAAAAAUAAAAAUAAAAAUAAUAAUAAUAAUAAUAAUAAUAAUAAUAAUAAUAAUAAUAAUAAUAACAAUAUUAAUAAUAGUAGUAUACCUUGUGGUGUUAUGGGCAUUGAUAAAAACAACUGCAAUGUUGUACCUAUGGAAUAUGCCCAUUUAUCAGAAUAUGAAUAUGAAAAUGUAAUAAAAAAGAAUUAUAAACCUUGUUUUAAAAAAGAUCAUAUGAUUCCUAUGGAUAAGAAUCGAUUUAUGGAUAAGGGUGAUGUAGGUGUUGUUAUGUCUAAAAAUUAUGAAUUUAAUAAAAAGGAAGGUACCAAAAAAAUCAUUCCACAAGAAUAUGUUAAUGAUAUUAAUGAUAAUAUGCAUAUGACAAAUAAUAUGCCCUAUGGUAUUAGAAAAGAACUUAUAAUCAACGAUAAUAAUAAUAAUAAUAAUAAUAAGUUACAUCAAGAUAAGAUUAUGAUAAAUAAUAUGAUGAGAGAAAACAAAGGUAAUAUGAAAAAAAAUAUAGCUCAUUUUGGUAGCUCACCAAAAUAUGAUGAAAGUCAAUUAAGAAGACAAGCAAUAAAAAAUGUAGAUAAAAUGGAAAUAAAUUAUAAAAAUAAAAAUACUAUGAAUUAUGAUAAUAAUGAUAUGAUGUUAAUAAAAUAUGAUAAUACAAAUGAAGAAGUACAUGGAAUGUUUCAAUCAGAUGAGGAGUAUGACAAUAAUAAUUUAUAUGAUAAUAUGAAGGGUGAUAUAAAUAUGGAAAAACAAUAUAUUAUGAGAAAUGAGAAAAAUCUAUAUAAUAAAAAAGUUAAUUUUAAAUUUAUGAAUGAUAGGAAUAUGAAAAGAACAGGUCAUGAAAAUGUCAUAAAUCCUUUAAAAGAAGGUUAUAAAAAUAAUGAGUAUUCAACAUAUGCUUAUAAAAAUUAUCCAUCAGAAUAUUAUCCUAAUAUGGAUAAUACCCCUGAUAGGCAUGAUGCUUAUGAUGGUUACCGAGGGGACCUUUAUUUAAAUUCUCAGUAUUCAGAUAUGGAAAAACAUGAAGAUGUGAGGAGCUAUCAAAAUAGUUACCCUUAUGAAACUCAAAAUGAGAAAGGAGCCCUGACGAUUAUACGACUUCCUGCGGAGAAUAAGAAACAAGUAAAAAAAAAAAAAAAAAAAAGUGUAGAAGAUAGUCGAAAAUCACUAGUAGAUAUGUAUAGUUCAGCUAUACCAAUUAGUGAUAACGUAGAUCCUAAUGUAUUAAAAGCGUUAUCAAAAGAUGAAAAUUUAGAUGAAAAGGUGUAUGCAUUAAUACCUAAAUCCGUAGUAGAAAUUAAUGAAUUUGAUGACAUUACACAUGUAACUUUAAAAUCACCAUCUCCACUUUUUGUUAAUCAGAAUAUGAAUGUAAAGCAACAUAUAGUUACAACGAAUUAUUAUAAGCAUGAGGACAUACCAAACAUAGCUUCUUGCGUAGUACCAUUAUCGGACGAAUCGUUAAAAGAAUCGCUGGAAAAAUCGAAAGAAUCCUUGAGUGGCGGAGAAAACGACAAAAAUCUGAAAUCCAUUAUCAGAGGAAACUCUCUAAGAAAUAAAAGUGGCUCGUCAUUGAGUGUCAAAUUUAGGCUAUCAAAGAAUGAAGAGAAAAAUGUUUUAACAGAAAAAACCGAUUCUGUUGAAAAGAUGAAAGAAUUAAAUAAAAAAAUAGAGGAGCAUAUAUUAUCUGAUGAAUUGAAGAAUUUAAAGAUUGAUAGAAAUGUAACUGAAAGAAAAAGAGCAUCGAUAUUUGAUGAUUCCAAAGCAAAACCAAGAAAUGAAAAGAAAAAUGAAACGAGCAACAAAAUCGUCUUAGAUUCAACUAAAGUAAAGAAAGCUACAGAAAUUAAAUUAAAAAAAAUUCAACAUGUUACAGGAUUAUUAGAAAAAUAUGAUAUACCUAAUCCUUUUGAGAAAUAUUAUAAGGAUUCUAUAGAUUAUUCUCAGUUAAUGGGUCAAAAUAAUAAUGCAAAGCUUUUUAAUUUAGCAUUAACGGUGUCGAAUAAUUACUACAAGUUCAUUGUGAAAAGUAUGGAGAGAGCUGAAAUUAAAGAAGUCUUUAAUGAUAAGAGAAAGAAAAUGUUGUUAAAGUUAAUAGUUUUAUUAGGAAAUCAAAUAAAUAGUGAGAUAAAAAAGAAAUUUAUUGAGGCAAAUGCAUUUGAACCAUCCAAAGAACAGGAGUUGAAGAAAGAAUAUGAUGUAAAGUCCAAAAUGAGCGACAAGGAAAAAGAAAUAAAAAUGGAAGAACAUAAUUUAAUAUGCAAAUAUUGGGAAAAACAAAGUGAAUGUAUGAGUAUGUUAAUAGAUGAGUGGAAUAAAAUUUCAGAUAUACUUGAAUCCAUUAAUAUUGAUCCCAAUAAUAUUAUGAGUUCUUUAUUAUCAUUAUAUGGAGAAAAAACAGUUAACGAUUUUCAUUUAUCUCUUGAAGAAAUAAAAAAAGCCAAUAUAGAAUUAAACGUAAAUACUGAUGAUAUAAGUAUCCCAGAAAUUAAUGAAGAAGAUAUAAAUAAGUUUGAUCCUUCGAAUAUGACUAUACUAAAUUUAAUAGAGGAUAUAAAGUGGGAUAUGGAUUUGGAAUAUUCACUUAACCAAAUUAGAGAAGACUGGAAAAAUGAAAACAAACAAAAUAAAAAAAUUAUACAAAAAAAGAUUAUUGAGGGUAUUAAACACCGAGUUGGGUUAUUAGAUUAUCUGAACAAAGUAGAAAUAAACUUGAACGCCUUUGCAAAAAUUAUUGAAGGGAGAAUGAUAUCAAAUGAUGACGUAAAAAGUCAAUUAUUAUCCAUACAAGAUAUGAGUGAAGAAGGGUUACUUUCGAAGCUUUUAGAAAAUUUGAAAUGUAAUAAAAUUGAUAUAAAUGCUGAAUCUUUUAAAACACCAACUUCUUUUUUUGUUUCUCAUCACUUACCUAUGACAGUAUGUUCAUAUAGUGACCAUUCAAAUAAUCAUGAAUUAAAGGAUAUGAAUGAAACUAAUAGUAAUGCUGAUAUUAAAGAUGAUGAAAAAAAAGUGACUGAUGAAAAUGAUGCCAUAGAUACUCAAAAUAAAAAUGAACACAACGACUAA